AUAAAUAAUAUAUUAGUUUUCAGCAAUUUAAAGGAUGAACAUAAGGAAAGUGCCAAAAAUCGGACAAGCGUUUUGCGAGAAACUGCGAAAAAAGGACCCCCAACAAACAAAACUAUUCCAGUGAGAAAUCUGAAGGACAUUAUAGUCAAGAUGUCCGCGGCUGAAAAUGCUGGAUUCAAGCAUGAGUAUCAUGAAAUACCAAAAGGGGAACUUUAUCCCUGCGAAGAGGCAAAGAAGCCGGAAAAUAAACCCAAAAAUAGAUACACAUCAACAUUUCCUUAUGAUCACUCUCGAGUUGUUUUGGAGAAGACACACGGAGGAGAUUAUAUCAAUGCGAAUUAUAUCGAGGAUGUACUUAAUCAAGGAAGCUACAUCGCAACCCAAGGUCCUAAACCAAAGACAAUUGCCGAUUUCUGGCAGAUGAUAUGGCAGGAGAAUGUAUCUGUCAUUGUUUGCCUGACCAAUCUCAAAGAAGGAGCAAAGAACAAAUGUGCCCAAUAUUGGCCAGACAUCAGCGAUAAAUUACAAACAGGAGAUUUCACACUGAGGCACCUGGAAGAGAAAGUAUAUUCUAAUUACACAACGAGACGGUUCAAAGCAUACAAUAAUUUGGAGCACAAAGACCGUGAGGUGUUGAUGUUUCAUUACACAAGAUGGCCAGACCAUGGGGUUCCUGAUCCUCUCAAUCUUGUUGUGUUUCAUCGUCACGUGAUGAAAUUUACAUCAACAUACCCCGGGAAAUAUACACUUGUGCAUUGCAGUGCAGGAAUUGGCAGAACCGGAACUUACAUUGCUUUAGACGCCCUCUACCGGGAAGGGGAGAGAAAUGGUAAAGUCAAUGUACCGAUGUACGUCAGGACCAUGAGAAAAGACAGAAUGAACAUGAUACAAAGCGACGACCAGUAUAAGGCAGUGUACCUCGCUUUAUCUGAAUACUUUAAUGGUAAAUCAAAAUGUUUGACACCAUCCAUGUUUACCAAGGAGUUCCAAGAUAAAACCUACACCAACUGUGGACAAGUUACUAAGAAUUCCUCUUUGGCAUCAGAAUUUCAAGAGUUACUUUCCCUUCGAAAAGAAUAUACAGAAAAAGACUAUGAAUCUGGCAGAACAAAUAUAUCAGCCAACUACACCGAGAGUGUUUUACCAGUGGAGGAAUUUUUGUGUUAUUUGUCAUAUACCAAGGGAAGAAACACUUAUUAUAAUGCUGUACUAUUACAGUCCUUCACAGAGAACGACAGUCUGAUCAGCGCCCAGUACCCACUUCCAGAUUACACUGAGGACUUCCUCAGACUCAUCAGAGAUUUUGACGCCGGUGUUGUGGUUUUUAUGUGCCCGAUAAAGGAUUUAAAAUCUACAUCUCUUUGGAUUCCAACGAAAUCCGAACAUAAGAACUUGGGGAAAUUUACACUUAAAUUGGCCUCUUCCACCAAUUCUCCUAACUUUGCAUCACGGAAAAUUGUCUUACAGUCAGAGGGAGGAAGGACUAUCGAGAUAACAGUACUGGAAUGUAAGGCAUGGAAAGAAGGAAAACUGACAAUAGAUAAAAGAGCUUUGUUAGAUUUAAUCAAAGAAACAAAAACUGAAAAGUUCAAGCAUAAGGAAGGAAGAAUUGCUAUUUUGUCGAGUGAUGGCGCUACACGUUGUGGAGCAUUCUGUGUGGUUUAUAACGCUCUAGAACAACUCUCAAUGGAUCAGGAAGUGGACAUCUUUACCAUCACACGACAACUUCAGAUCCGUAGACCGGAGUUUUUGUCCACUUUGGAUGAAUACCAGCUCAGUUAUGAUGCUGUUGCAGAGUACAUGCAAAAUGACAGUGUGUAUGCAAACUUCUAGAUCUUCUACAAGUGGAAUAAAGAAUGAAAUUUAUGUACAUUAAAAAACAGUUU